AUGGGAGUAGAGAUUGUUGGACAAAUCGAGAAAAUCAAUUGUAAAGAGUUGAGCUACGGCGAUUUUGCGGAGAAUUACUUGGCCAAGAACCAGCCGGUGGUAAUCUCCGGUCUCACUGAUGACUGGCGGUCUCGGGAAGAUUGGGUCAGUGAGAAUGGACUCCCUAAUCUCCACUUCUUUGCCACCCACUUCGGAAAAUCCAGAGUUCAGGUUGCAGAUUGUGAAAGGAGAGAAUUUACAGAUCAGAAAAGAUUAGAAAUGUCUGUUACGGAAUUCAUCAAGCAAUGGACCGACGAUUCUAUUGAAGACAGUGGCAAAGACGAUAAGAAAAACUCUGUUUUGUAUCUGAAAGAUUGGCACUUUGUGAAGGAGUAUACAGACUAUACGGCUUACCAAACGCCACCGCUGUUCUCUGAUGAUUGGCUUAACAUGUAUCUAGAUAGUUACCAAAUGCACGAGGAUAGAGAUCAUUUCCAGAAGUACGAUCAAAUAGCCUGCUCUGAUUAUCGCUUUGUUUAUAUGGGUGGAAAAGGAUCUUGGACACCUCUACAUGCUGAUGUAUUUAGAUCGUAUAGUUGGUCAGCUAACGUAUGUGGUAGAAAAAGAUGGCUUCUUCUUCCUCCUCCUCAAAGUCAUCUUGUUUACGACAGAUACAUGAAGAACUGCAUUUACAACAUCUUUGAAGAGGUGAAUGAAACUAAAUUCCCUGGUUUUAAGGAGACCACUUGGCUUGAGUGCAUUCAAGAACCUGGAGAUGUUAUCUUUGUUCCCAGUGGAUGGCAUCAUCAAGUACAUAACUUGGAAGACACGGUAUCCAUAAACCACAAUUGGCUCAACGCAUACAACUUAUCUUGUGUGUGGGAUCUACUGUGGAGAGAUUACAAGGACACUGAGGAGUCAAUAGAAGACAUAAGAGACAUCUCUGAUGAUUUUGAAGAUCUCUGCCAGCGUAAUCUUGCUGCCAACACAGGAAUGAAUUUGAAUGACUUCUUCAUCUUCAUGUCGCGGUUCUCUUUGGGAAACAUGGUUCUACUUGAAACUUACUCUGAGAAAGACAAGAGCUUGAACUCGUGUUUAUCAUCAAUGGCACACAAUCUGUUACUGAAUCUCUCGACUAUACAGAAAAUCAUGAUGAUGAUGAUCUCUGCAGGCGGCGUAACUGCAAAGGAUGUGUAUCUGGACUUGAGAGAAGCAGUGGAGGAUCCACAGUUUCUCAGAUUGGUCAGAGACAUGGGAAGAACAUAUGCAAUGAUUCACAAGGAAGAAGAAAAUCUGGUUCUCUUUUCGAAAGAAAUGUUAUCAAAGAUGACAGGUUUUGCUGAUCAAAAGAUGCAAAUAUGUUCUCCAAAAGAUCUUGUUGAAAUGAUAGACCGUUAUAAUACUUGUUCAUCACAUCUCUUAGCAUGA